AAUAAAUUUAUGUUGAAUUUUAUAACACGUAUAGAUGUAUCCUAAUUUUUUCAAAAAAGUCGCAUCGACGUAUUCGUAUUGUAUCGUAUUCAAAUUAUGUAUUUGUAUCCGUGCUUCUUAGCUUACCGGUUCAACUAGUACUCAUCGAUCUGACAACACGAUGACUUUAUUCUUUGACCGGUCUAAUAGUUGGGACGAGUUUAAAAACUAUGCUUCAAACUACCCUUUUUGCAUGCGUGCAGUCCACAUGAAUCUUCAAGCUCUGAUACCAAACUGAUGAUAAAUAUGGUAGUUUACACUAACUAAAGUGGUAACCAGGUUUAAACAAACCUAAUUUAAGUAGGUAACCGAGGAAAUAAACUUAAUAUGUACAAAAAUUGGAAUUUAAGAAAUCCUAAUUAAUUUAAUUUCUUUUAUGCUUCAUGUAGACUUUAAACACUGCAUCAGGUUUCAUUUCGGAAAAGGAAAUGUGGCCAAUAGUUCUAGCCAACUAAUAAAAUGAGAAACAUCCAUAGAAUAUUGAAAAAGGAGGUUCCUUUAUAUUUUGAAUUUGUAUGAUUGUAUUUUGCUGUUACAAUAUACGAGGAAUAUGUUGAAUGCUUUUUUGAUAAAAGAGUUAAGUACUAAUUUUGACAAAGUAAUGUGCAUAUGAGAUACAUCACAUAGAUUGUUGGAUUGCCUUCGAUACUAGAAAAAUAACCCAAGCGGUCUAACCCCUAAAUGGACCCCAACUGAAAGGCAUUAGAUGGACUAACGGCAAGCGAGAUAAAGAAAGCCGCUGGCCCUGUGCGUAAAAACUUGCCGUGGGCACCUCUUUCUCAAAUUAGAAUAAAAAGAGUCUUUGGGCAAGAAAGAAAGAAACUGGGAGCAUCUUAUAGGUCUUCUUUUCGUGGAAUGGGUGGGAAAAAUUUAGUGUUCUGAUGUGAAAGGAUGAUAAUGCAAUAAUGGUGUCAUCCAUCUACAGAUGCUUCUUGUUUGUUCAUUCGUGUGACAUUUUCUUAUAAGAUCAUGUUUUAUUGGGAAACCUCUUAGAUGUUAUUUCCUUAUUAAAUUUUGAAUAAUCGGUAGUUUCUCGUUUGAUUGUAUGUUUUAAUUUAUAGGUUGAUGAAUAUAGAUAGCAGAUAUUACUGCAACAACAUAUACCUGGUUCCCUCUUAACUGAGGAUAUGGGCAUCUAGAUAUAAGUAAAACUGACCCGUGUUCUAGAAAAUGAAAAAAUAAUAAAUAAAUAACCUAAUAAGUAAUUAAAUACAACUUCUCUCUCUUACAUUCAAUUCAUUCUCCUCUCUCACUAGUCUAUUCCAAAGACGAGAAAAUUUCUCUUUCAUUUCUAAUGGCGCCACCCACUAGCUAUGCCGCACUCCGUCGGGCUCUCCGUUGGGCGAUCUUCAUAUGUCACACCACACGUUUUUCCCUCCGGCGCAAAUCAUUUAAGUUUUCAAGACGGUCAGCCGCAAGGUCAAAGGAUAGAAAGAUGAGGUACAUAGCUGAGCUUAAAAGGAGACUCCAGGCUUUGCAAACAGAAGAAACAUACUUGUAUGCUCAAUUGUCCCUGUUGCAGAAAGAUACAGGUGACCUUACUGCUCAAAACAGUGAACUGAAAUUGGAGUUGCAAACAUUGGAACGACAAGUGCACUUAAUAGACGUAAAGGAAGAGGUCCAGCAUCCGGAAGUGCAGAUGGGUCAAACAAUUCAAAAUAGUGGACCUAUGAUGAAUCUUCCUGCAUCUUAUGGAGCCAGCCAGCAUCCCGACCAUGACGAUAUGGCUACAUUGUUAACUGUUCAACAAUUUCAACAGCUCCAUAUACAUUCUCAGAAUGGGCAGCAACAAUAUUCAAUGCAGCCACAGGCUCAAGCCAGAAACUUGAAUCUAAGAGGUUUGGGGCCAUCUUCCAUUCAAAAAGACAAUGCUACUUCAGGCACAUCACCAGAGGAUUAGAAUCUGGAACUGGUAGAUGAGCUGGCUGUUGGAUGGUUAUUAGUUGGUCCAGAAUCUUGUUGGUUGUAGUUUUGAUUGGGUUUUGUGCUUUUGGUUAGUAUGCUUACAUGCAUCAAACUUUAACAUGGCUCUAUGUGGAUUCUGUUGAAGUUUAGUUUGUUGAAUUGCAAAGAUUAUUAUCCAAAUAUUGUUCUGUUGA